AUGAUGAUGCAAAAACAAUCAAUAUGUUACAUUUUUCUUGCAAUAUUUCUUCUAUUGAGCCACAGUGAGGUUCAGGGAAGUUUAAAAUUAUCCCACUUGGAAGACUUAGAGCUGGAGGAGCACUUAAAGCUUUUAAACAAACCUGCAGUCAAAACAAUCAAGAUGAAACUGACAUUGUCUCUUAUUAAAGAAGAUCAUGACAAUUCAAUAAAAAGUUGGCCUUCAGAAAUGAGAUUAAAGAAAGAAAGUUGUCCAGGUGGAACAGUUCCCAUCAGAAGAACUACUAAAGAUGACCUUAUUAGACAAAAACUUAUGCCACCUGCAGAGGAUUUCUCUUUCAGCACUUCAUAUUCACAUGUGGAUCCUACACUUUAUGGAGAUAAUAGAAGUAGGCUUUAUACACAUUUUAAAGCGGGGAAUACUCAUUGUUUCAAUACACAAUGUCCUGGCUUUGUGAUUGUAAACUCAGAAAUACCUUUAGAUUAUGUAUAUUCUCAUGUCACACAACGUGGAGGUGACAUUGCGUGGGAAGAUUCUAUGUACAUAACACGGGACCUCUUUAACGGAAACUGGUGGCUUUUGCUCACACUAAAUCAAACAACUAUUGGUUUUUGGCCUAAUCGUAUUUUUACAGAAUUGAAUGAUUUUGCAUCAAUCGUACAAUGGGGAGGAGUGACAUAUAGUCCUCCAAACAUACUUGAACCUCCAAUGGGCUCUAGUUUUUUUCCAUCAGGAGACCUCAAAUGUGAUGCGUAUUGCAGAAAAAUUAAGACAAUAAAUGACAUUGGUCAAGCAACAAACGCAGGUGCUGUAACAGUGUACAUGAGCAAUCCCGACUUAUACAAGGCUCUUCAUAUACCUAAUCAUGGAUCUUACUUUGAACAUGUGGUUGUUUACGGAGGCCCCGGCGAAAGCUAG